CAGCGACGGCCAGGCCACACGACCAGCUAGUCAGUGCGUGCGAGGCGGCGGAGAGGUGUGGGUAGUGCAGCAGUCUCCACCACGCCGAACUGAGUGAAGGCGAUACGAACUACGGAUAACAACGCACUCGGGAAAGGCUUCACACCGACCACACACGCACGCCGCCCUUGCAACACCGCGCCCCUACCAAGGAAAAUCAAACCCAAGUGGAUGAAAAUCAAAGUGCACACGUGUUAAUCAAAUCCUCAAGUGAGUGGAAGAGAGAACCAAAUGCACACUUGAUCCACGCACACGCACGUACUCACACGUACACGACCCGACUCCUCAGUGGUGGAAGUAGGGGAAGUGGACGCUGUGGUCUGGUGGUGGUGUGACAGGUGGUGGUGGAGGCGUGGUGGUGUGGAGUAGUCGUACCUGGGGCUUACCUGGAUAAUGUGGGUGCGGUGUGUGGUGGUGGUGGUGCUGGUGGGGGUGUGCUGGAGGGGGGCGGCGGGAGAGCAGGUGGAGGAGCGGGUGCAGGAGGAUGACCCGGUAGGCUGCGGCCCUGCCCUGACCUUCCUGGUGGAGCGCGGAGUGGCGGAGAAGACCCACCUGGAGAGACUACCUGGUGGAGAUGCCGGCAAAGGCCCAGGGUCUGAAGUGUGCGGGGGUGGCGCCUGCUGCCUGCCCGAGGUGACGGAGGCGCUGCUGGCGGAGGGCAAGCGCUCCCUCAGCCAGGUGGUGAGCGACACGGCCGGCAACAUGAUGGGCGUCCUCACCACGCAGCGCCAGGCCUUCAACAGUGCGGUGGAGAGCGCACUCUCCAGCAGUGAGCGUCGUGCCGUGCGGGUACUGGAGACGCGGUACCCGCGCGUGGCGGGCGCGGCGCAGCCAGUGCUGCGGCAGCUGUACGCAGGCCUGCGGGCGGGGCUGACGCAGGCGGACGAGCGCCCGCUGAAGCGGAGUCUCGCCGCCUUCUGGGACGACCUGUUCCCGCCGGUGUACCACAGCGUGCUGCACACCCUGCCGCUGCCCUUCACCGAGCGCUACAGCCAGUGCCUGCGGGAGGCGCGGCGCACGGUGCGGCCCUGGGGACCCAUCCCCACGCUGGUGGGUGAGCCGCUGCUGCGCGGCCUGCACUCUGCCCGCCUGCUGCUGCACGCCCUGGACAUGGGAGCCUUCGUGCUGCACUCCGCCCGCAGCCUGCCCAUCGGGCCGGAGUGCAGCGAGGCUGCGGCGCGCAUGGAACUCUGCGGCGCCUGCCACGGAUCCAUGCUGCCGCCCUGCCACGGCCUCUGCCUCAACGUGGCUCGCGGCUGCCUGGCGCCCCUCGCCGAGGUGGACGGCGCCUGGGCUGACCUGGCCGGCGCCGUGACCCGCGUUCAGGAGUCCCUGCAGGUGGUGCGGCUGGCACACCUGCUGCACCAGCUGCCCGACAAGGUGUCCGAGGCGAUCAUGCUGGCCAUGGAGCACGGCCCGCGCAUCCUCAAGAAGGUAGGUGAUGAGUGGCGCCUGGGGCGGGAAGAGGAAGGGGCAUGGUAA